UUUACGUUGGUAAAAUUCAAUUCAAUUCAACUCAAUUCUUGAAUCGAAUCUCCCACCAUGGAAUUCUCAAAUGGAGUUGGAGGAGAGAAUGAGUCCUCUGGAGAAGACGAUAAUGGAAAGGGCAAAAAGAAAAUGUUUGAGUCUACAGAAGGGAUGAGGCGAAGGGGCCGUCCUUUGGGGUCUAAGAACAGGCCCAAACCAGGCGAAGAUUUGGAAGUUGGAGAAGGCAGCAGGCCAAUUCCCCUCAUCUUGUCAACAGGGAGUAACAUAGUCCGUUGCUUGCAUCAUUUCAUUGACAACCACGUGACUGGAAUCUUCAUUUCCACAGCUCGUGGAUUAGUGAGCCAAGUCAAAAUUCGGGCUCCCGGCCAUCAGGAGCCCAUCAGUUUGGAAGGAAUUUUUGAGCUGACAGGGCUGUGUGGUGCUCUUAUUCCUGCCUCUUGGAAUCUCCCUCUGAAAGCAACUCUUGAAGCUCCUCAAGGACAGGUUAUUAAGGGAGAAAUUUUUGAAGACCAUCUUUUGGCAGCUGGUCCGCUUACCAUUCUAGUUACUCGCUUAGCCAGUCCUUUUCGUUUGGGUAAUCCUUUAAUGACCCAAUAUGGUAAUGGUCUUGGUAAUGGCAUCAUGCCUCCUUCUUCGGCUAAGAAUAAUGGGUUUCCAUCUACUCCAUUAAAUCUUCUUCCACCACCAGGACCAGCUGCUCCAUCUCAGCCUGCACCAAAUGUACUACGCCCUUGUAAUGGCAUUGGCAGUAGUAAUAUGCAUAUGCACAACAAUGGAUUUUCGACAGCUGCUCCAACUCCUGGUCCAUUAUCUCAGGCAAAUGAUGUGCAGAAUGAAUACCCAUCUUCUCCUCAUCAUCACACGGCAAGGAUGAACAAUGACUACCCUCCAGCAAUACCUGGACCAUCAGUAGCCGAUUUCCUCAACAAUGGCUACUUUUCCGGCCCCUUUUCAACUCCAGCACCACCAUCUUCAUCUCAGGCAAAUCAUCAUGUGAAGAAUGAAUACCCAUCUUCAUCUACAGCUGCACUAGGGAUGAACAUUAAUGACUACCUUACAAUGGCAUCAAUACCCGACUUCUCAAUUUCUCCCUUUGAUUCUCCUUUUGAUAUUUCUAACUUUGCAUCUUUGCCCGAUCCAGCUAAUGGUGGUCAUUACUCCGUACCCUGGGAGGAUUAGGGGUUUAAAAGGACAAAGAGUUGUAACAUAUACACUUUUCUUUCUUGUGCUGACUGGUUAUAGUUUUAGAGCUAGUACUUGUAUAGUUUGUUGAUACCUUACAUCAUAUACAGGUGGUUGAGCUUUAUAUACAGGUGGUUGACAUUCAUAAGGUGAAUAGAAUUCUUUCAAGGAAGGAUUGGUUAAAGAUUCUCAAUUUGGAUAUAUGGCAUCAGAUUUUUCUCACAUGUAAUUGCCUUAAAAAGGGGUGCCUAGUUAAAUCUGAAUCAAAUGAGAGUCAAGGUUGAACCACAUUGGUGAACAUGAUUUGU